AUGGUGUUUUCUAUUGCUUCACUCUUUGUACCCUCUCUACUGGCACUCGUUCCAGCCAUUGCCGCCGUCCCUACUUCUCCGGACGGGAAUGUCAUUCGCUCACUACUUGACCCCAAGGUCUCCCUAUCCUACAAACAGACCACCAUCUGCGAAACGACUCCCGGCGUCAAGUCCUACAGCGGUUAUGUAAACCUCCCAGCAAACGCAGCCGAAGGACGCAACUACCCUACCCACACCUUCUUUUGGUUCUUUGAAUCUCGAAAAGACCCAGCCAAUGCUCCGUUGUCACUCUGGCUCCAGGGCGGCCCCGGUUCACCCUCGAUCCCUGCUGCACUCGGAGAAAACGGCCCUUGCUUGGUGAACGCGGAUUCCAAGUCGACACGUCUCAACCCUUGGUCCUGGAACAACGAAGUCAACAUGCUGUACAUUGAUCAGCCGGUACAGACGGGCUUCUCUUACGACGUCCUCGCGAACGGCACGAUCAACGAGGUGGCGAGCCCCUUCGUCGUGACACCUGUGGAGUCAUCAGACGUCCACGCCCUUGAUCUGAACACUACAUACCUGCUUGGCACAUUCUCUUCUCAAAAUCCGGAUACUACCGUUGACACGACAGUUGGCGCAGCUGAAGUGGCUUGGCAUUUCAUGCAGACGUGGAAUCAGCAGUUUCCGAAGUACAAACCGAAGAACAAUAAGUUUAGCAUAUGGACAGAGUCUUAUGGAGGACACUGGGGUCCGACGUUCGCGGAUUACUUCCAGUCCCAGAACAGCAAGAUUGCAAGCGGCUCUCUCCCCAAGUCCGCUGUGCCCUUGAACCUCGAGACCCUGGGCAUCAUCAACGGCUGCAUCGACGCCGAGACCCAGAUACCUCUAUAUCCUGUCAUGGCUUACAACAACACCUAUGGACUCAAAGUCAUCAACGAGACAGAAUACGAAUUCGGCGUUCAGAGCUGGCCCGCAUGCAAGAAGCUGAUUGAUAGCUGCCGGUCAUUGGCAACGCAAAAGGACCCGGCGGCUACUGGCAACAACGCAGAAGUCAAUGCCGCUUGUGCCACAGCUUUUGACACCUGCUUCAAAACAAUGCACGAUGUGUACCUGUUGAAGAAUCGCAACUACUUCGACAUUGCACAACAAUACCCCUAUUCGUACCCACCGAAGUGGGCCGCCGGAUAUCUCAACAGCAAGCCCGUUCAGCAAGAUCUUGGAGUCCCGCUCAACUUCUCGGCGAAUUCCGUGCCAGUUUCUACCAGAUUCACUCUCUCAGGCGAUUUUGUCCGUGGCAAGAACCUCGCGAUUCUAGGUCAGCUACUGGACCGAGGAGUCAAGGUAGCGUUGAUGUAUGGCGACCGCGACUAUCAGUGCAAUUGGCUUGGAGGCGAAAAGAUCAGCCUGGCGGUCAAAUCGAAGAUAUCCGACAAAUUCAGCAAAGCCGGCUAUACUGACAUUCACACCAACGCCACCUUUGUAGGAGGAUCUGUCCGACAGUACGGCAAUUUCUCCUUUUCCCGCGUCUACAAUGCAGGGCAUGAAGUGCCCUUCUAUCAACCCGAGACGGCUUACCGAAUCUUCAAUCGGGUCAUGAAGAACCUUGACGUCUCGAUCGGCAAAGUCUCUACGACAAAAGUGAAAGACUAUCACACAAAGGGACCAAGCAGUGUCUUCGCGGUCAAGAACAAACUGCCCACGUACGCGCCGACGCAAUGCUAUCUGUGGGACAUUAUGGAGACGUGUACCAAGGACCAGGGGAUGGCGUUCUCAAAUGGCACGGCCAUCACGAAGGACUUUAUCAUGAUUGGGACUGUGGGUGCUGAUGGCAAGAAGCAUCUCUACUAG